AGAGCCGGAAGCGGAGGGGGAGAGUGAAACAGGAAAAGAAGGGAAGAAGGAAGAAGAGGAAAGAGGAGGAGAGGGAGGAGGAGGAGGGUGGUGGCGGCGCCGUGGCGGAGGAGCAGGAGCAGGAGGGGGAUGGAGAGGAGAAGGCUCCUGAGUGGCAUGGCGCUCCUGCUCCUCCAGGCGCUGCCCAGCCCCCUGUCAGCCGGGGCCGAACCCCCGCAGGAUAAGGAAACCUGUGUGGGUACCAACAAUCAGAGCUACAUCUGUGACACAGGACACUGCUGUGGACAGUCUCAGUGCUGCAACUACUACUAUGAACUCUGGUGGUUCUGGCUUGUGUGGACCAUCAUCAUCAUCCUGAGCUGCUGCUGCGUCUGCCACCACCGCCGAGCCAAGCACCGCCUUCAGGCCCAGCAGCGGCAACAUGAAAUCAACCUGAUUGCCUACCGGGAAGCCCACAAUUACUCAGCGCUGCCAUUUUAUUUCAGGUUUUUGCCAAACUAUUUACUACCUCCUUAUGAGGAAGUGGUGAACCGACCUCCAACUCCUCCCCCACCAUACAGUGCCUUCCAGCUACAGCAGCAGCAGCUGUCUGCACAGUGUGGCCCUGCAGGCAGCAGCCCCCCAGUUGCUGAUCCCACCAGGGGCUCCCAAGGGGCACAGAGCAGCCCCUUGUCUGGGCCCAGCAGAAGCAGCACGAGACCCCCGAGCAUCAUCGCUGACCCUGAGCCCUCCAACACCGACAUGCCAGCCAACCCAGCAGCCACCAAAGCCCCUGGAAUGGAGCCCAGCGGCUCCGUGGCUGACCUGGGAGAGCUGGCCCCUGGGGCCUUCCUGGACAAGGAUUCCGAAUGUAAGGAGGAGCUGCUGAAAGAUUACAGCUGCGAGCAGGGCGGUGCCCUCCCCGACAGCAAGGACAAGACGCCUGGCCGACAUCGCCGCUUCACGGGUGACUCGGGCAUUGAGGUGUGUGUGUGCAACAGGGGCCACCAUGACGACGACCUCAAAGAGUUCAGCACAUUCAUUGACGACGCUCUGGAUGGACCCCUGGACUUCUGCGACAGCUGCCACGUGCGGCCCCCUGGUGACGAGGAGGAAGGGCUUUGCCAACCCUCCGAGGAGCAGGCCGGAGAUCUUGGGCAUCCCCACCUGCCACGGCCACCCGCGUGCCUGCUGCUAAACACCAUCAAUGAGCAGGACUCCCCAAACUCCCAGAGCAGCAGCUCCCCCAGCUAGAGUAGGCCCGCCUGUGCCUGAGAUCUCGGCAAAGCAACCGGGAUGGGGAGAACCACGACAGAAGCAUUAAGUGACUUUCAGAAAAAGUGGUUCCGCCACUUGGUCCUUCUUUUUCUCCUCCCCCCCCCCUUGUUCCCGCAUUUUCCUACACCUCCAGGUACUGUUCGGGUGUGGAUGCCUCUCCCCGCACAGAAGCACAGUGCUGUGGAGGGCUGAGAAGUGGGUUCUGUGACACUUCUCAUUGCCCACCCCAUCCCCUUUGUCCUUUCCAAGUCAUAUCUCAGCUACUGCUUGGGUCAGAGAGAUGUGUGUUUAAGGAGCCCCCAGGGAAGGGGCUGAGACUACUCCGAGGUACUCGCGGUGGUGGAGUGGGUUUUUCUCUGGUGUUAGUGUAAGAGUCAGCCUGGGAGAGGCAGCAGAUCUCAGCCCUGGGUGAAGGAAGCCUGCAGAGACCCAGGACUCGUCACCCCUUGCUGCUGUGUCUGCAGAGCCCAACUUGGGCUAAUCCUGUGGCAGGAUGAAGGCUGAUGGGUAGUCAUGUGGUAGGUUGUAAGGGUUUGUUGCAUUCUCAGAUUCCAGGUGACGAGAUCGAUGAUGCAUCACCGCAUCACUGAGGGGCCCUGCCCUGCAUUCUGGCUGGCCACACACCAGUUCAGAUGGGGAAGAUUAUACUGCCUUCUCUUCGUUUUUUUUUUAUUUUAAAAAAGAAAAAGAACAAAAGCGAGCUGAAAACAAGAACUUGAUCAGUGUCAGGCAAGAGUUCUGUUCUGGGAAAGAGAAGUCUGCGGCUCUUUCCUAAGUUGGCCUUCAAGGAGCCUGGCUGUGAUUGAGCCAGAAGGGGAUGCUCUGUGUACCGGCUUUGGUGGAGGCUGUCUCUGAGCUUCUGUGGGUGCACAGGAAGCCCUGAGCUGUGGUGGUAGAUAGAAGUGCAGUUUUCUGCAUGUCUGCCCUUUGGUCUGUGCCCACAGGUGACCAGGGCACUCCCCGAACCCAAGCACACAGUCUGCAGGCCUUUACGUUUCACUGUUCUCUAUGAACAAAUGAGGAGGCUGUGGGUCUUGAGGAAGGGCUCCCCCAUUGCCUGGCUCUCACACAGUAUUUUCUCGAUUCUGAAUAAGUUUUUUUGGCUUUUUAAAAUUUUAUUUUAACUGACCACUUGGGAAAAAAUGCCUUGGUUAUCUGUGGUUUUCAUGUCCGUCCGUCCCCUCCCCCCCGUAAGUGGGUUAACUAAUCAUUGUAGUCUAUGGUAAAGAGUUUAAAUGGCCCAAGGAGGGGGUGAAGGCAGCCAUCCAGAAGGAACACAGGAUCCUUGUUACUGUAGUUUGGCUUCAGAUAACCAGUUGAACUUUGAUGGGAAUAAUCUGAAUGGAGAAAGCAAACAGCUGAAACUAACAUUCCCUGCCCAGCCCUGUUCAUAUGAAGAGUUUGGUUCUUCCCCCACUCUUGAACGAUGACAUUUAGACUAGGCAAUGACGUUGUGGUAAGAAAGGAAACAAUAUGUAGACGUAUACAAAAAUAGACAAAUCCAAGGCUGUGAGGUGAACGAGUGUCUGUGUUUGGAGUCCACAAAUCCAAAACCCAUGUUGAACAAAGUGAAGUCCGUAUACAAUGACUUUUUGGAUAACCUAUGUCUGUCUGUUCGUUGUAUGUGAGCCCCCAGCCCUGUUUUCCUGUGAAUAUACUUUGAAUGGCAGCCGUUCUGCUCCCAUUUACCACAUGUUUGGAGCAGAUAUGGCCCUCUCAAGGUAAUUUAUUUUAUGCAUUUACUGUUUACUGAACAAAUGUCUGACUGUGUACUUGGGUGUAUUCAGCAGCAUUGUCGACGGCAGUCCCGUGUUUGCCAGAGAUACUGUCCUCAAAGUAGAGGUUUUACUCUACCCAUCACUGCAAUUUGCACAUUGCUCCGUGGACACGCGGAGGCCUGUGUUCUGUUCCCUAUAAAUGGAAACGUGCUCUGAACAUGUCUGCCUCCCUCGGCUGCUCCUGGCCCUCGGUAUCAGCCCCCUGGGGGAUGUUCACAACCACUUGGGACAGAAGGUGAAGGUGGAACUUCAGACCGAAGCUUAAUUGGAUCUUCAGGGACAAGCUUGGACUAGCUGUGGCCCAGACGUCAGCCCUGCCCAGAAUUGCCAGGAGGUUUUGGCAGCCACCACAGGGUUUACCUCCCUUUGCUGAAGUCCAGUUCGCGCAAACAAGCCGGUGUGUGGCGAGAGUGGGCGGGAGUGCGUCAGCAGCCCUCAGAUGCCUUUCCUUCCACCAUUUAAAAAAAAAUCCCCAACAACUCACUGAAGUGUCUCCAAGGACAUCAAGUUUUACCAAAAUGAAUCCUCCUUCAGUUCACUGAUCAAAUGGAUGAAUUCUGGCCCUCUCAAGUUUCCUUCUCCCGCCAGAUUGGGGGGCUGGUCUGAGUGUUAAGGUUCACUGCAGCGUCCCACCCUAAAGGCAGGAGAAGAAGAGGGUGGAGCUGGGGAGCUGGGCUUGAUUCCAGCAGUCACAGUCUGUCCCCUGCUCCAGGAGGCUACCCUGAAUGCAGUGAGAAAUGGAAAUGGGGAGUUGAAGGACUGGUUAGGGCGCCAGGGAGAUUUGGUUGAGUCUGGUUUUCCAGAUGAAUGGGAAGGAAGGGGGGCUGGUCGAGGGUUUGGUGCUACAGUCAGAAGAUUUGCAAAUGCUAACACAUUCCUAUGUGCAGCACAUCACCAUUUGUCAGUUAUUGUGAAUAUGUGUAUUUUAAGCAAUAAGAUUCAGCUGGUCAGACCUUUCUGGGCAGUCUCGGUGACGCAUUUUCUGUGCUGUGAUUGUUCUGAAGACAGAGUGGCUCUAACCACUGUGAGAAGCCCAAAUAAAAUCAGUCCCAAAAUUCUA